CCAACCCAAUCCCAAAGACGAAGAAGAAGGUGACCAUGAGUGGCUGGUGAACACAACGCGAAUAGGAAUUAUAAAAUUAGUUCAUGCUCUUCCUCCAUCGCGGGUUACCGUAACAUUGCAGCAUUUUACACAUGUCGGUGAAAGAGUCACAUAACGAGAAUUUGAGGCAUAUCUUUAGAGGUUGCAGUCGGUUGAACCUGCCUGGGGAAGGAAUCGAAGGUUUUCAACAAGGGUAGGCGUUUGAUAACUAGCAACGUUUAAGGGAUAUCAGCGGUAGCCUUGUCUUCAUAGCUAUCGAUAAAAGCAUACAAUAGCCAUGGACCUGCAAAAUAAAGAUAUCAUUCCCAGAGAGAUUCUGCCAGUUGUUGUCAUCGGUAACGGCCCCUCGGGCAUCUGCCUGUCAUAUCUGUUGUCAGGUUACACCCCCUACCUGUCUCCAGAGGGCACUCACCCUAACCCCCUACUGCAAGGCAAGCUGGAUCAACAGCCUCGUUUGUCAUUGUUGGAGCUGGACCUGGAGUACCUGUGUGAGGGACUAGAGGGCCGCUCCUCCAACCCCGUGGCUGUGCUGUUUGACUCCCUGCUCCUGCCAGACAGUGACUUUGGGCUGGACCAUGCCUCACCCCUGCUUUGGCGCUACGAACCGGAGCGGGCCACCCCACACCUGGUGCUUGGCAAAGGACCUCCAGGAGGAGCCUGGCAUGCGAUGGAAGGCUCCAUGCUCACUCUCAGCCUGGCUAACUGGAUGGAACUGCCCGGCCUGAAGCUUAAAGAGUGGAUGAGAGAAAAGCGCAGGAACGUCCGUAACGACAGGGCCACCCCCACCGAGAUUGCCUCCUACUACCAGCACUAUGUCAACCAGAUGGGCCUGGAGGACAGCUUCGCCUGCGGCACCACCGUCACCUCCAUACAGAGGGUGAACUGCGAGGGGGCCAGCAGCCGUUCCUUUUGGAAAGUCCAGGGGACCCAGAAGAGGGAGGCUGACGAGCUGGGGGAAGGAAGUCUGUCAGAGGUCCCCUUUAUAGUAUGCGCAGACUCCGUGGUUCUGGCCACGGGCACCCAUGACAUCCCGGCCCGUCUGGGUGUGGAAGGUGAGGGUCUCCCCUUUGUGUGCCACAGCUUCUGGGAGCUGGAGGCAGCAAUCUCCAGAGGCCAGCUGGACCACACCUCAGACCCGGUACUGGUGGUGGGAGCCGGGCUGACAGCGGCCGACGCUGUCCUGGCAGCUCACCACCUCAACACGCCUGUGUACCACGCCUUCCGGCGCUCGGUCACCGACCCAGGCCUCAUCUUCAACCAGCUUCCCAAGCUCCUCUACCCUGAGUACCACAAGGUGCACCAGAUGAUGACACAGCAGCAGCAUGGCCAAGACAUCCCCAGCUCUGGGGGAAUGGGCACCCUGGUGGACCAACAGGAAAACAACACCGCCUCCAUGUCCACUGGCUCCUACCCAGGCUACGUCAGCCUGCCCAAACACCGGGUGGUGGCCUUCAAGCCUGACAGGAAGUGCGUGCUGGAGGGGGAGGACGGAUGUCGCACCGUGCUGCAGGUCUCCAUGGCCCUGGUGCUGAUUGGCGCCCACCCCAACCUGUCCUUCCUCCCUGAGAACGGACGGCCCCUCGGCCUCAACCCCCAGGAGCCAAUCACGUGCCGGCGGAACCCCCUGGAAGUUGACCCAUACACGUACGAGUCGGUGUCAGAGGGGGGUCUGUACGCCAUGGGGCCUCUAGUUGGGGAGAACUUUGUCCGCUUCCUCAAGGGGGGAGCUUUAGCCAUCGCUAGCGACCUCGCCAAGAAGCAGCGGGCCAAGGAGGGGAAUCUCACCACCCUGCGUGUGUCCUAGACUCCUAGGGGUUAAGAGUUGCGACAGGAGUAAACUGCUCCUAAGGCCUGUGUUGUUAUUAUUAUUAUUAUUAUUAUUAUUAUGUAGGCUGGGCUGGUCAGCUCAGGCUAAAAGACUGAAGCGCAAUCUGUGACAAUACGACCUGCACCAGUCCCAAUAUUCCUCAAAGGACAUUGCCACUCUCUCUGACUCCGCUGAGAGAUUAAUUUAAUAUUUUUACCAGGGCAGGAGAUUAGGCCGGGUUGAUGUGUAGCUAAUCAUAUGGUGCAAGGGUAGAAUCCAAUGAGUAUAGAGUACCACAGUAUGAGUCAUAAUACCCAUAGAACAUAGCGGUCAAACAGGCGGUCAAACAGGCGAAUGGUUCCAAUAGUGUUUACACCAUUUUCCCCAUAGGGGAUGAACUAUAAAUGCCAUUAUUAUCUGGAUGAGACUGCUGACUCGAGGCAAAGGUAAGAAUAUCUGUAUGAACUAUGAUAGCUAAAUGUAGUAAUUAAGAAAUUGGCAAAAUGUAUUUAAAUGGACAAUUCUGUGGUCUGGCUUGUGUAAUUUUAAAUUGACACAAUACCUCUUAGCAAAGGUGUCAGAUUUGUAGUUUUGCAGGGAUUUGUAGUUUUGCAUGUCUGCUUUGAUGUGAAUUAGCAUUUUCAAAUCAGUAAAUAGGACCUAAUAUAUUGAUAAAAGUCACCUUGUCCUAGAGAGAUUUACAUGGUUAUCCAAGCGUCAUGCCAGGGUAAGCCUACACGAAACACGGCACUUAUUUUAAGUGUUUCUAAAAUCCCCUAUGGGAAAAAUGUGGAAAAACAGUUGGAGCCAUUUCCCUGUUUGACCACUAGAUUUGAUGGGUAUUAUGACACCUCCACUGUGGGGCGCAAUUUGGUUCCUCAUCAAGUAUGCUAGCCCUAUACUACAUAUGUAGUUUGAGUUAGCAAGGUAACUCUGAGUUCAACUUUGGAUAACCAGUACCAUGAAAGUGGCUCACCUUAUAGCCAGGUAAAUGUUCUAUGGCCACGAAUCCUUCAGAACUAACCUGCUCCAGGGCAGGUUAACUCGGGUCUAAAUGCAUUUAACCUGAAUUAAGUGUUUUAGCCACGAGUUGAGGACCAAUAAAGUCAGAUUCCCUCAUUCUCCCCAAGAUUGCGUCAUCAUCCACUUAAUUUGAGGAAGAUGACUGAUUUUAAAUAUUUAUUCAUCAAUUGUUUUUGUUAAAAUAGUCAUUUUAAAAUACCUAUCACAUUACACAUUAAGUAAUGACAAAUGCAUUUGAAACUUCAUGCACAGUAAAACCUUUUUUGACUUAAUUCAAUUAUUUUAUUGGUAGGGUUGUGGAAUAAAGGUGCUAGUGCAUUGAUAUCCACAGCAAAGUAAUAAAAUAAAGAUGGCACUCCUAAAAGUCUAUUUCACACAACAGCCUGCUGAAUUUACUUAACUUUUUGGCACAAAUUAAAAUGGCACUGACUUGCCCAUGCAUUGUCUCAAUGAAGAGUUCAUGGUUCAACUAGCCACGAGCGACAUGCAGUUAGUUAUAAGCCUGCUAGAGUUCGCGGCAGGCGGAACAGCAAUAUCCACCGUCGUAGUACGGACGAAGCCUGAGCUGAAAUGGGAAAACCCUGUGUUAGCUAUAGGUUUCUUUGUUGUAUACCCCUCUUGUUUGAAAACUCAAACGCCAACGUAACUUCUCAGCUAAAUCUUUGAGAUUAGCUCUUUUGUUGCAUUGGUUUUCCAUUGUAAAUCCAUUUUGAAAGUGUAGAAACACAUUACAUUUACCAUGCCAUGACGUUUAAUGGAUUCUCUGAAAUGAGAAUGGUAUCGUAUUAAUUUAAUUUUUACGGACCUGUAUGUUUGCCUUUCUGCAAUAUCCAAUGAAAAAUGAAGUAUCUUUGUACGAUAAUCAUCCCUAUGUCAGCAACUGUGUCUAUAUUAGCAUCUUUCACAAACAAGAAUUUGAGCUUGCCAAGCGGAGUUUGUUGUUUCAUUCCUGGUAGUUUUUCAAUCUGUUAGACCUUUAAAUGUAUCUGUUUUAUUCUAUUUUUUUAACCAGAAGAUAUGUUUAAGGGGCUAUUCUCUUGAUUUAUUUGCAGUAAACACUUAAAGGUAAUAUGUUUGAAUUAAGAAUUAGUGUCAGUUUAUCACCAUGAUCAUGCUCAAUUUGAGACUAGGCUAAUUAGGAAAUCUAUGUUUAAGGCCCAUGUGCAUUCUCACCAAUCUGGGGUGACUUUCCUGAAAGCUUUGUAGCCAAUGUUGUAUUUUAAUUAUCUUGACAACCCAGACACCGCUCUUAAUUCGUUCACAUACAGAUUGACUACUAAAUGUUGCUACUUUCUCACUGAUAUGGGUCUGGGUGGUGGAGACUGUGUACUGUCAGCUGUUAAGCUUCAGGGAAACACUUAUUUUUAUCAUCCAGAGAGAAUUGUCAUUUUGUGCUAUCGGUUUUCUCUUGUACAUGUUUGUCCAGAUGGUGCCUUGGCCAAUUGCAUACUCUGAGCUUCUGUUACUGCCCCAGCAGCAUUUGAUCUCGAGCCAGUGCCUUAAGACACAUUGCCAUUACCAAACUGGAAAUGUAUAAACUUAUCAUACAACCACUAGGUGGCCACAUCAAAAAUUAUAUUAUUCCACAGGUGUACAAAAAGUGUAUUGAAGGCCUAUAAUGCUCUUGUAAAGUUGUGGGGCCAUGUAUUAAGACAUCCUUUAAGAGACAAUAUUCAUAUGUCAACCAGAAACAUUUUAAACAUGUCUAAUUGAAUCUAGUUUAGAAACUAGUUACAAAUACAUUCAAAGCAGCGCACUAUUGACAGUCUCUUUAAAGGCAGCUCUAUGAGUGUCAUGAAAAAAUACAACAUAGUUGGUUUCAUAUGGCUCCUUAGCACUUGCUACACAAGGCAGUAAGACCAAUGACCCACUGGUCUUUUCCAUGCCAGAUGUUUGUCCAAUCUUACAUUUUAAACUGUUACACAAUGCUAAGUUCUUCUUAAAAAUAAAUGUAAGAUACACUUUUUUUUCUUCAUUCAUUCAUGGUCUCAGACAAUCGUUUUGAAAUCCGCAGAACCCUGACCGAUCAAUAGAAAAGAGACCCGAUGCAAUAUUUUCAGAGAAUCUAAUAUUGUUUUUGUUCACAUUUGCUAUAAAUUGUUCUUCACCACUGUAACCAAAUUCUGAGAGUUGUGGAUCAUUGGUUGUUUAUUUUUGGGAAAAUGUUCAUUCAAAAAGUUUGAUAGGUGGCUAUCAUGAUUUCACUUGAGUGUUUUCCAUGUUGAUUUACAUGCACUACAAAUGCAGGAUUUUCUAUGGAUCCUUUGUAUUAAAUAUACUAUUUUCAA